AUGCCUACACGCCGAGUUAAACCAACAGUUAUUCGUAUCAAGAAGAGUGCAUCAACAGCAAAUCCGUCAAUUACUAGUACGCAAAGUACAAAUGAAUUGUCGGCUGCUACACAGAGUCAACCAAGAAAGUCCAACGUUUCAUCUGUUCAUACAGAGAGAAUAAGUCCAUCACAAAUCAAUGUUAGCAGGACUAGUGGUUCAACGCGAGAUUCCUCCAUCAAUGCGCAAAAUGCAAAUAGUUCCAUCUCACAUCAGGUUACACCAAGUGAUACAGAGAAAAGUUAUUUGCCAGGAUUAUUUUCACGGUUAUCAUCUCCUGGUAGUACAAACUCGAUUUCACCAUUGAAGAUAGGAGCAUGGAAUGAUAAGGAUGAUGACGAAAAUCGAAGAAAUAGGCGAAGAAGGGGUGCUUCAUUCCAUAUAACAAGAUGCUGUUGCUGGGCUUUGAUUGCUGCGACGAUCGCCGUGAUCUUACUUGCAGCUUUGGUUACAGCAAUCAUUUGGCUUCUUAUGCAAUCGAAAGUUACUACGACAACAACAACGACUACGAGCACCACAGCAACAACGACAACAACGACUACUGCAACAACGACGACAUCGUCCACUUCAUCCACUUCUUCAACAUCGUCAACAUCAAGUACCUCUUCCUCAUCAUCAACCUCUUCAACUUCAUCGACUUCCUCGACAUCGUCGACAUCGACCACUUCUUCCACUUCGUCUACCUCUUCAACUUCAUCCACGUCAUCAACAUCCUCAACCAGCUCAACAUCAUCAACUUCGUCCACAUCAUCAACUAGCUCAACGUCAUCAUCAACAUCAUCAACAUCCUCCACCAGUUCAACAUCAUCAACUUCGUCUACAUCAUCUACAUCAUCAACAUCAUCAACAUCAUCCACCAGUUCAACAUCAUCAACUUCGUCUACAUCAUCUACAUCAUCUACAUCAUCUACAUCAUCAACAUCAUCAACAUCAUCCACCAGUUCAACAUCAUCAACUUCGUCUACAUCAUCUACAUCAUCAACUAGUUCAACAUCAUCGUCAAGUUCAACUUCGUCAUCCACAUCAUCGACGUCGUCUACAUCAGCCACAACAAGUACGUCAAGUACAUCAAGCACAUCAAGCACAACAACAACAUCAGCAACUACCACCAGCACUAGCACAACAACAACAACGACCACCGGAUGUACCAGCUGUUCUAACUAUUGUUGGAAUACAAUUGGAGCAGUAGUGGCUGAAACUAGCUCUAGUAACAUUGCAGAUCCUCGCGGCAUUAAUAUAGAUUCAUACGAUACAAUUUAUCUUUCCGGUCAUAAGCUUGGAUAUGUUGAUAGGUGUUCGACAAAUUGUGUAAGUAGAAAUGGAACAACGGCUGAAACGGAUCAUAUUGAUUACAUUACGUUUGAUAAAAAUGGAUUUAUGUACACGAACGACCACAACGGCUACCGAGUUCGACGUUUUCCACCAGGCGCUUCAACUGGCAGCAUUAUUGCUGGAUCUGGAUCGUCUGUUACUGGUAAUCUCACCUAUCCUGUAGGAGUUGCGGUAGACAAUAAUCUAAAUCUUUAUAUUGGCGACCAAAAGGCUGACAGUGUGUACAUGUUGACUCCCAGUGGAACAAGUUUGUUUAAUGUCAUCAACACUGGUAGUGUCUUGAGUAAGAUGUCCGCGCUUUUACUUCCGCAUGGUUCAUCAAGUGAAAUUUACAUGAGUGACGAAGGUGGUGCGAAAGUUUUUCUGUGGCCAUUCAAUUCUUCAACUCCCCGAGUAACAUAUACUAACGUUAUCACUGAUCAGAAGAAUAAUCGAAUCGUCAUGUACUGCGUCAAUUCUACGAAUGGCAUUGUAGUUAUGACCACUAGCGAUAAUCCUGUCGAUCUUGCAUUUGAUUCCAACAUGAAUCUGUAUACAUACUUAAGUACUGGCAAAGUGAUGAAACAUAAAUUACUGUAG